UUGGGUGGGAGGCUGCGUGUGGAGCGGAGGGACGGACGGCAGGAGCGCGCCGGGUGGCGGGGCAUCUCCAUGGGCAGCGACAGCGCGGUCCGGCGGACCCACUGACUGAACCGUCCACCUCCGCCGCCAGGGACCCAGCAAUCUGAGGACGGAGCCGUUGCCGGGAGAUGAGGCCGCGGCAGCGGCACACCCACAGAUCUCGCCAGCUGUGAGUUAGGAGACUUGACCUGCUUCCCUUUUCCUAUGAAAGCUGUUUAUCAAUAGAAUAGACAGAACAGAAAAUGCUCCCGGGGGUGGGCGUGUUUGGGACAGGGAGCACUGCCCGGGUUUUGGUCCCACUGUUGCGUGCUGAAGGCUUCACCAUCGAGGCACUCUGGGGCAGAACGGAGGAAGAAGCCAAGCAGCUGGCAGAGGAAAUGAACAUUUCCUUCUACACAAGUCGCACUGAUGAUGUUUUGCUCCACCAGGAUGUGGAUCUGAUCUGCAUCAAUAUUCCUCCACCUCUCACAUGCCAGAUUGCUGCCAAGGCACUAGGUAUUGGGAAGAAUGUAAUCUGUGAAAAGGCUGCUACUUCGGCGGAUGCCUUCAAAAUGGUGAAAGCAGCUCGUUACUAUCCUAAGCUCAUGAGUAUUGUAGACAAUGUCCUUCGGUUCCUGCCGGCAUUUAUCAAAAUGAAACGGCUAAUUGAAGAAGGCUACAUUGGUAAUGUCAUGAUCUGUGAUGUGCGUGUUUAUUGGGGCAGUCUACUCAGCAGCAAGUACAACUGGAUUUGUGACGAGUUGAUGGGUGGAGGUGGCCUUCACACAAUGGGCACCUACAUCGUGGACCUAUUGACCCACUUGACCAAUAAGAGAGCCGAGAAGGUCCAUGGCCUCCUGAAAACCUUCGUCAAGCAGAAUGACAACAUCCAUGGUAUUCGGCACGUCACCAGUGACGAUUUCUGCUUCUUUCAAAUGUUAAUGAACGGAGGUGUGUGUAGCACUGUUACACUCAAUUUUAAUAUGCCUGGCCCCUUUAUUCACGAAGUCAUGGUUGUGGGCUCUGCAGGGCGUUUGGUUGCUCGAGGUACGGACCUAUACGGCCAGAAAAACACUACCUUCAAAGAGGAGCUGCUCUUUGCUGACACUAAGCUGGUAAAUGCAGUUGGUGUGCUGGAGAAAGCAUUUGGUGACAUUCCCCUCUUGUAUCUAAAGGGAAUUGUUUACAUGGUGCAAGCCUUGAGCAAGUCUUUUAAGGAUCAGGAGGAUCGGCGCACUUGGGCUGACAAGCCGGUUUCUAUGGCUGCUUCGUUUGAGGAUGGUCUUUACAUGCAAAGCGUUGUGGAUGCUAUUAAGAGAUCAAGCAGAUCUGGAGAAUGGGAAGUCAUUGCUGUGAUAGCAGAAGAACCCGAUUCCAAUCAGAAUCUAUGUGAUGCUUUGCAACGUAAUAAUCUAUGAUGAACAAUACUGUCAUAAUACAUGAGAUAUAAUUCCAUCAAAAUCAAUUCAAACUAAUAUUAUUGUUUUAAGGUACCAAAAAUAGUUUUUGCAGCUGAAAUAAGGGUAUUGCGCUCUUACUGUGGUGCUUUCUGUUGAUUGCUCAUGUACGGUCAGCACUAUGUGAAACCGCCAUAUUCUGUUUUUAAACAUACUCAAUUUUGAUUUUCUUCCAACUCAAUUAUUUUAACAUGCUGUCAUUUAGCAGUACUUGUCAUUCAAAAGAAUGAACAUAUUCAGACUUAAUACUGGUGUGUUUGGUGAUUCCUAAAUUUACUUGAAGGAAAAUUAAUAUUACGGUAACUACUGUAAAAUCAAAAUUUAUUGGGAAGCGGGGGAUUUAAAAUUCAAACAUGGGAAGAAAACACUGAAUUUUGUGGCAGGUUGUGAAUUAUGUGUUUCCUUGUUUAGCAUUGCUGCUUGACUGUGAAUGUUUUAGUCCAGUAUUCCAAAAGAAACCCAGUGCUAACUGGAAGAUUUUCCCUCUCCCCAGUUUUAAAAUUGCAUCCAUAAAGGUGAAUAUAUCUCCAAGUCACAAAUGAAAGUUUGAGACUAAUUUUCCAUGAUUCACAGGCUGAAUACAUUCUGACCUUGGUGAUGCUGUUGUAAUUUAUCCAAAUUACUUUGUUAGUUGAGUUGAUAUUUAGAUUAUUUUUUUUAAAGUUCUUUAAAAUUCACUAGGCUUACACUAAAUUAUGAUAAGCAUAAUAGAUCUUUGAAGAUAUACAGCCAUUCAUAGUGCAACUUUUUGGAAUGGGGCUGGGUGGGGGAAGAGAGAAGAAGCUAAUGAAAGUAGGUAGCAUUUACACCCCAACCACCUUCAGGCCAGACCAGAUGUCCAAGCACUACUU